AUGGCACCCUCCCGGACGACCGCGAACGGCGCAACGGCGCACAUGGCGACGACGACGCUGAAAGUCGAGGGCAUGACAUGCGGCGCAUGUACAUCCGCAGUCGAGUCGGGCUUUCAGGGCGUCAAUGGCGUGGGAAACGUGUCUGUGAGCUUGGUCAUGGAGCGGGCGGUUGUGCAGCACGACCCGACGAUAAUAUCGACGGAAGGGGUGAAGGAGAUAAUAGAGGACAGGGGGUUUGACGCCGAAGUCAUAUCCUCGGACAUUCCGGUGCAGAAUGGGUCGGAUCAUUUCCUGAGCGAUUCGGAAGAGGAGGACGCUAUGGCGGAUCUCCAUGUCUCCACGACUACUCUGUCAGUGGGAGGCAUGACCUGCGGCGCCUGCACGUCCGCGGUUGAGGGCGCUUUCAAGGACGUUUCGGGCAUCAAGCACUUCAGCAUAUCGUUACUCUCCGAACGCGCCGUAAUAGAGCACGACACGACGAUAAUAUCGCCGGAGGAGCUGGCCGAGACAAUAGAGGACGUGGGGUUUGAGGCCAAAGUGUUGGAGACAGUAGCACACACGGCUGGCGAAAGGAGAAGUAAGAGCCAGAAGAAACACAAGACAAUGACGACGACGGUCGGAAUAGAAGGAAUGACAUGCGGCGCUUGCACAUCGGCCAUUGAGAGCGGGUUCAGGGACGUGGAGGGAGUCUACCAGUUCAACAUCAGCCUGCUGGCAAACCGCGCGGUUCUCGUGCACGACCCGAAACUCACGGAGGAUCAAAUAGUGGAGAUUAUUGAAGACCGGGGAUUCGACGCCAAGCUGAUCUCGUCAGUGGAUGGAAGCAUCCAGCAGUCUUCAGCAAAUAAUGGUCCGGUACAUCUCAAGAUCUACGGUCUACCCAGUGCAAAAGCUGCCGAAGACCUAGAAGCACUACUACGAAAACGACCGGGAAUUACCUCCGUGUCCGUCAACUUCAACACCUCCCGAGCGACCAUUCACCGCGACCCGCAGAUCAUUGGUCUCCGUGCAACGGUCGAAGCGAUUGAAGCUGCCGGCUACAACGCCCUACUCGAGUCUCUCGCGAAAACGAAGGAGAUCCAGGAAUGGAAACGGGCAGUCAAGGUUUCCGCCUGCUUUGCGGUACCAGUCUUCCUCACCAGCAUGUUCUUCCCUAUGUUCCUACCCUUUCUCGACUACGGAAGCAUGUGUAUGUUCCGUGGUGUCUACCUCGGAGAUCUCGUCUGUCUGGCGCUUACUAUCCCCGUCCAAUUCGGGAUCGGCAAGCGCUUCUAUGUUUCGGCGUAUAAGUCACUGAGCCAUGGAUCGCCCACCAUGGAUGUCCUGGUCGUCUUGGGAACGUCUGCUGCAUUCUUCUUCAGUGUCGCUUCCAUGCUAGUGUCGUUUCUCGUGCCGCCUCACUCCAAGCCCACGACCCUGUUCGACACGAGCACGAUGUUGAUUAUGUUCAUUUCAAUUGGUCGAUAUCUGGAGAACAGCGCCAAGGGUCAGACGUCGAAGGCACUUUCAAGGCUCAUGUCUCUCGCUCCUUCCAUGGCUACGAUCUACGCCGAUCCUAUUGCUGCUGCAAAGGCGGCCGAGGGCUGGGACGUUGAGGACGAGAAAGAUGAGCGCAAGUCAAUGGAGGGUAACGCAAUUGAGGAGAAGGUCAUUGCUACCGAGCUCAUUGAAGUGGGCGAUGUGGUCAUUCUUCGACCUGGCGACAAGAUUCCGGCCGAUGGUACGGUUACUCAUGGCGAGACCUACGUCGAUGAGAGCAUGGUAACGGGCGAGGCAAUGCCCAUCCUGAAGAAGAAGGGAGCGCUUCUUAUGGCGGGUACCGUCAACGGAGCAGGCCGUCUCGAUUUCGUGGUCACUCGAGCUGGACGCGACACUCAGCUCAGCCAGAUCGUUCGACUCGUCCAGGAAGCUCAGACUAGCCGUGCGCCGAUCCAACGUCUCGCAGAUACCGUGGCGGGGUACUUUGUUCCGAUCAUCAUUACCCUGGGCCUCGCAACCUUUGUCGCCUGGAUGGUCCUCAGCCACGUCCUCCCAUAUCCACCCAAGGUCUUCCUCGAUCAUGCCAGCGGCGGCAAGCUCAUGGUGUGCGUUAAGCUCUGCAUCGCCGUCAUCGUCUUUGCAUGCCCUUGCGCUCUCGGUCUCGCUACGCCAACCGCGGUCAUGGUUGGGACAGGCGUAGGUGCCGAGCAAGGAAUUCUGGUCAAGGGCGGCGCGGCGCUGGAGAUGGCCACCAAAGUGAACCAUAUCGUAUUCGACAAGACGGGCACGCUCACUGUAGGAAAGAUGAGCGUCUCCAAGGCUGAUAUCCAAGGCGAAUGGGCAACCGACGCUAAGAAGAACCUUUGGUGGAGCCUUAUUGGUCUGGCCGAGAUGGGCUCCGAGCACCCUAUUGCUAAAGCCAUCGUCCGAUCUGCGAAGGAGCACCUCCGGCUUGGACCUGACGGACAUUUGGAUGGCUCCGUGGGCGACUUCGAGGCCGUCGUUGGCAAAGGUAUCGCGGCAUCAGUCGAAGCCGCCGUCUCCCGCGAGCGUACCCGCUACAGAGUCCUCGUUGGCAACGCCUCCUACCUCGCCUCCGAAGGCGUGGACGUUCCCGAUUUCUUGGACGAGCCUCUUACCCCCUCCGCUCCCGUCCACCGACGAGCAGGUUCCCAAGCCCGCUCCGCAGGUAUAACCACCAUUCACACCGCCGUCGGCAAGACCUACACCGGCACACUCUCCCUCUCCGACACCAUUAAGCCCUCCGCGCGUGCGACCGUUCUCGCUCUCCACCGCCUCGGCAUGACCGUCUCCAUCGUCACAGGCGACACUUCCUCCUCUGCGCUCGUCGUAGCUGCAGAAGUCGGUAUCGACGCCGCCGACGUACACGCAUCAGCCACGCCCUCGGACAAGAAAGCCAUCAUCGCAGAUCUGCAAGCCCGCGGCCACGUCGUCGGCAUGGUGGGUGACGGCAUCAACGACUCCCCCGCGCUCGCAUCAGCAGAUGUUGGCAUCGCCCUGUCAACCGGUACCGACGUCGCCAUGGAGGCCGCCUCCAUCGUGCUCAUGUCCACCACGGACCUCCUCUCCAUCCCCGUCUCCCUCUGCCUUAGCAAAGCAAUCUUCAACCGCAUCAAACUAAACCUCGCAUGGGCAUGCAUGUACAACGUCAUCGGCCUCCCCUUCGCAAUGGGCUUCUUCCUCCCCUGGGGCCUGUCGCUGCAUCCCAUGGCCGCAGGCGCGGCCAUGGCCUGUUCCUCCGUCUCCGUCGUCGCUAGCUCUCUGCACCUGAAGUUCUGGCGCCGCCCCAAGUGGAUGAAGGUCAGCGUUCUGGAUCCGAGCGCCGAGGUCCCCGAGAGCGAGAAAGAGGAGGAGAGGUUCGGUCAGCCGGGCGUUAUUAGGACGGCGAUUGACUGGGUUAAGGAAAGUAUUGCGGCGCGGAGGAGAAAUAGGGAGGAGGUUAGUUAUAUGCCGUUGCAGGAUAUGGGGGAGCAUUAGGGCGCUGUGCGGUUGUAGUGGGCUUGUUGAUUGUUGAUGUUGAUGUUGAUGUUGAUAUUGAUAUUGCGUUGGAUACCACCAUCUGCGGACUUAUACCGCUUUUUUGUUUUGUUUUUAUAGCGUCGCGAACUACUUGUAAAAUUAUGUUGUUUAUAUGCAUGUCUUGUCUGAUCUCGAAGUGCUGCGUUGGUGCUGCGCUUCGUCUCUCUAUCGUGCCGGAUAGGAUCCGAAAGGGUUGGGAAUGACAGCAUUAGGUAUUACAUUACGCUCCGUCUCCUAGAUCUAUAUGCCAUGCCAAACGAAACGUGGGUAUGCUGCUGUGAAGCCAAAAGCGAAUGCCAGAGCGUCUAUCCAUCAGAUCGCUCCAAUGCAACCACAACGCCGAAUGUGUCGGAAGAUCCUCUCGCCUCACACUCCUCAUCCGCAUCGUAUCAACAACACCCCCUCCCCCUCGACCCCC